AUGAGUACCCCCGAAAAUACGUAUACUACUGUCGCAAAAACAACCGCGGCGAGUGUGAUUUAUUCUAAUCCCGGAAUGAAUUUCGCGAAUCUUGUUCCGCCUACUUCACACCCAAGCACAAACACGAGUGACCUCCGUGAAAUUUUCCCAUCAAUUUAUCGCGUUGCCGUGCGCUUGCCAGCUUUUUGGCCUGAUGAUCCCGAAAUGUGGUUUGUUCAAAUUGAACAACAGUUCUUGCUCGCGGGAAUCACUUCUGAGGACACGAAAUUUAGUUAUGUGGCCGGGCAUCUCGAGCCAAAAUACGCCGCGGAAGUGAGAGACAUUCUGACGAAUCCCCCAUCACAAAAUAGAUAUGUGAAAUUAAAAACGGAGUUAAUAAAAAGACUUAGUGAAUCUCAAGCAAAUAAAGUGAAACGUUUACUCGAACAUGCGGAAAUAGGAGACAGAAAACCAUCGCAAUUUUUGCGCCACCUGAGAUCGUAUGCUGGUUCAAUCGUUCCCGAUGAAGUGCUCCGCCCUUUAUGGUUAAGUCGCCUUCCCUCAACAAUUCAAGCGAUCUUGGCAAGUCGCUCGCAGAGUCCCUUAGACGACAUGGCGGAACUGGCAGAUGCAAUUGCCGAAACGAUUACACCUAGAGGCCGUGUGGCAGAAAUGCAAGUAAGCAAUCCGGAAUCUUUAGAGACAUUAAUGCAACGCAUGAUUCUCGUCAUGACCUCUCAAAUUGAAGAGGUGAGGAAUACUCUGAGACAAGAAAUCUCAGCUGCCACGGCUAAUAACCACAAUCGCUUCCGCGGAAGAUCGCGUAACCGCUCAUUUUCUUGUGAUUCUCGUGAUCGUAGUCAGAGCAGGAAAGAUGGACGUUGUUGGUAUCAUAGAAAGUUCGGUGAAUCUGCUGUGAAGUGUAUCAAACCCUGUUCUUAUUCGGAAAACUCGCAGACCGGACGCUAA